UUGCAUUCACAAAGCAGAACAUUACUCAAGUGAACUGUUAUUUUUAUUAAUCUAAAAAAAACUCAAACAAUUUCAGAAUGAAUUUUUAUAAAAUUUUCGUAUUCAUUGCCUUAAUAUUCGUCCUCUCCGUCAGUCAAAGUGAAGCUGGUUGGUUAAAGAAAAUCGGCAAAAAAAUUGAACGUGUUGGACAAAAUACCCGAGAUGCCACCGUGAAAGGUCUAGAAGUAGCUCAGCAAGCAGCAAAUGUUGUCGCUACCGUGAAAGGAUAACAUUUUAUACCCAUUAAGGAAGAGUUUAAGGAGAACCCCAUAGAAGUUUUAUAAAAAAAACGUACAUUAAAAUGUACAGAAAUAUACAUCUAAAAAUAUUAUUAAGUAA